CUAUUGCUGAGUUGCGGCCGCUGCAAGCUGCAGAACUCGAAGACAUGCUCAGACACAUGACCUGAGUCGAACACGUCCUUAGCCCCUGGCUAAUCCAAGACCAGCUAAAAUAUGAGUAGCACAUCGCCUUUACCGGUGCAUAUGUCUUGUUAUGGAGUACACCAGGAGUCGGUCGCCGCAGCUCGCGGAUACAGCAAACCAAGUGCUGACUACAGCAGCCGGCUAAUAGCAGUUAAAGCCUCAAUGACAUCCGCGCAGCUUGCGUCUGCGCCCGCUGCGUCGAUGCCCGCGACAUCGUCGCAGACAGUGCCGCACAGCACCCCCAGUCCAGGGAGACAGCCCCCGCAGGUGAAGCUGCAUCCGUUAAGCGCGGCGCAGGCCUCCCAGUUUACAUGCAGCUCAGGCGUACCCAGUGCCCCAGCCUCUAUGUACAGUUCGCGCGUGCAGGGGAAGCCCGCAGCAGCGGUGACGCCGACGCUGCAGUGCCUCAACUUUGCCAGCAUUGCAGAGUCAAGCGUGGGGGGCGGCGGUGUGCCCCGGCCGUACGGCAAGUUCAGCGCCGCACGCGCCGGUGACGGCAACGCCACGUGGCAGCGGCUGCCGCCGUCUCCAGGCAGCUGGCAGGCCAAGGCGCUCCCCAUCGGCGUGCACAUGCCGGACGACUCCCCGGCGGCCAGCCCCUCCGGGGGCGGCGGCCGGAGUGCCUCGGCCGGUGAGGACGGCAGUCCCAACCCCAACACCUCGCCACAGCACCGGCGAAGCACCGGCGGCACCAUCUCCAGCGGCGGCAGCACGCGGCGGAACCGCAGCUACGCGCACCUGCGCGGCCCGGCGCCCGCCACCUACCCCGGCCCACUGUCCUCGCGGUCAAAAGCCGGCCCCUCCAUCCUCACCGGCAGCCCAGCACGUGGCCCCGCCGGCGCAGGUUUCACAGCCUACGGCUCUCCCUCCAACUUGGCGCAUUCGGGGGCGCCAGCCACCGUCACGGGCGGGCCCACAGGGCCCACGACCGGCUUGGCGGCAACGGCCGGCACCCAUGGCUCCUCCACGCAGUCUGCGGUGCCGGGCAUGGCGCUGCAGGAGCACGGCUUCUAUCGGCGGCCGGGCAGCAGCAUGCACCGCUCGCUGGUGCCGCUGCCGCCGCCGGAGCCACACAACCCGGCGGCGUGGUUCGCGCUGCCGGCCGCCACCUUCCUCACCGACCUGCCCAAUGUGCCCGACCACCUGCGCCUGGACAACGGGUACAGCGUGAGCCGUGACUUCCUGCUCUCCGGCCUCAACAAGAAGAAGCCCUUACCCACGCCGCCCGACUCCCCGCAUGGCCACGGCCACGGCCAGCAACACAGCCCCCACCACGGCGACUCCCAACAGCAACAGCAGCAGCCGCACUUCAACCCGCACCACCAGGACUUGAGAGUGGAGGAUAGGCACCAGCUGUGGGAGGCACUGGAGAAGGGCAGCCAGGCGCAAGCAGCGCCGGGCUCAGGGCCGCAGCCUGUGAUAGGGCCCAUGGGCCUGCGCGGCGUGUACGUGCCGCUGGACAACCGGGCCGUGACGCUGCAGCAGCAGCUGUCGCGCCAGCAGCUGCCUGACGGUACGGCGAGCCAGGGCGCACUUGCCUACAACGCCAGUACGGCGACGGUCGGUAUGGCGGGCGCUGGAGCGGUUGGCGGUGGCGGCGGCGGCGGCAGCUCGUUGGACCCGCAGCAUUGGGUGGGGCAGGUGUUGGGGGAGGAGGAGGAGGACGGCUCGCUGUUGGCGGGCGGCGGCGCGGCGGGGGCGCGCGCCGGCGUGAGCCUGCCGCCUGAGAUGAUGCUGCCACGGAGAAACGUGCCUACCGGGUGGUGAGCACAGAGCCGUGUUGGGUCUGGUGGGGCCGCAGGAGGCCGGUCAGGGGAUCAGCAGGGCGGUUAGGAUUAGGCAGUGUUAGGCAGGGCGUGUGCAGGUGUAGGCUAUGGGACUUGCGGCUUGUAGCAGGGUGGAUAGCUGGUUGGUGGGCGUGGGCGUGGUGAGCUGAGAGACUGCUCUGACACGUGUGCUCCAAAGGACUGCUGUGAUGACGGCAGGCAACGGUGUAUGGGAUAGGAUGGGAUACAGUGUGGGAUUCAAGUUGUGGAUUUCGGGAGAUGUAAGCAAAGCGCAAGUGCCAACUGCAGACGGUAGCUGCAAUACGAUCGGUGUGGCACGGCAGGAUGCGUCUGCUCGAAGACGCGUGUGGCAACACUGUUCCCGAAUUCAUCCACACG